UCCAGUACCGGUCUCCCUCUCAGUGUGCUCGCAGGGCUGCUUAGUAUUCGUUGCUACACGUCGCGGAGACUUUUUCUGGGCUUUUUCCUUUAAACGGAGCUUGUGGUGAAGUAGCUGCUGCACCGACGCUGAGAUGGCUGACCAACUUACAGAAGAGCAAAUUGCUGAGUUCAAAGAGGCCUUCUCGCUCUUUGACAAGGAUGGCGACGGCACCAUCACCACCAAAGAGCUGGGCACAGUCAUGCGCUCUCUGGGCCAGAACCCCACAGAGGCAGAGCUGCAGGACAUGAUCAACGAAGUGGAUGCCGAUGGAAAUGGCACGAUAGACUUCCCAGAGUUCCUAACCAUGAUGGCCAGGAAGAUGAAGGACACGGACAGCGAGGAAGAGAUCAGAGAAGCAUUCCGCGUCUUUGACAAGGAUGGAAAUGGGUACAUCAGUGCUGCUGAGCUGCGCCAUGUGAUGACAAACCUGGGAGAGAAGCUAACGGAUGAGGAGGUGGACGAGAUGAUCAGAGAAGCAGACAUCGACGGCGACGGACAGGUCAACUAUGAAGAGUUCGUACAAAUGAUGACGGCGAAGUGAAGGCCUUGUACAGAUUUCUAUAUAAAUUUGCCUUUUUUUCUUUGUGUAAUUUAUCUGUAAAAUCUUAAUAGCCCCCCCCUUCGUCCCCGCCCCCUUCUGCUGUCCAAAGGAACUGCAUGUAAACUGCAUAGGCUCUUGUCCCCAUGUCCCUUUCUUUUGCUGUCAUGGUGUUUUGGAGUGACGGAUUGGCCGUACAACCAGGAGCUGGUGGCGGCCUCUGGGAGCCGGAGAGCUUGGGAUGGUCUGAUGCUCGGGGCCCCUCCACGCCUGGCGCCGACGUUGGAGACCUGUCACCUGGUUGUCACUCGGCAACACUGUUGGCAUGGAAGCAUCGUAGCAGAGUUUAGUCUCUGCAUGGACUAUGGACAAAGUAUUUAUGGAAAUCUCAGCAUUGCACUACUGCAAAAAAAACGACACGGGUGUAUCUCCUUGGUACUCGUACAAACUCUUUUGUAUCUGCUCUUCUAUAUUGGAAAAUGACUAAUCUUAACAUGCUUUUUAAUGUUUUACUCACUACUUUUACUUUCCUUGUUUCUUUUUCUUUUCUUUUUUUUUUUCUUUGACCUCUGGUCAUGCCUAAAAACAAUCCAUUCCAAGUUGUAUAUUUUUGUUUUCCAAUAAAAUUUACAAUCUACCCAUAUUUGAAACCUGUCUUGUUUUCUCGGUUUAAAAUGAAGCCUUGACUUUGUUCACCCUGUAAUUGCUGUUUUUUAUUUUAUUUGUACGAGGACAAACCGCUCCGGUUUAACAGUUUUUCUUUUAUGAUGUGCUUAAUGUUUGACUGGAAGCCUCCCCUGUUUGAAGACACAAAAAGCACUUAGGAGCAUCAGCCAAUGCCUCUCAAUGUAUUGAGCUCGACUCAGAUUUGUUUUAAAAGGAUCAGGGAGCAGAGCGUUGACCCGGUGCGAGCGAUGGCCGCCAUUAGGCCAUCCUGCGCUGUCCCUGCUCCCCUCACCGUGGGCCAUGCGUCGUCUCCUCGAUGGCGUGGCUCUGCGUUUAAAAAGCUGCCCCAGUUAAGGAAGUGGGGGCAGAAACCGGUGUAAAUAGAGGUGUACCUGUUGGCUUUCUUUUUUCCAGAGUUUGUUACAGUAGCUUGCAGAGAUACUAAAACUGUUUGAAUGGUGAAAUAAAGCUCUAUUGUAGACUU